AAAAGGUUUCACUGCAUUUUUGGUUUUCAUAAUCUUAAGGGCUUGAAAAUAAGGGGAAAAAAUCGUUAUUUUAUUCCACCAUGGUGUGUUGUUGUGGUUAUAACAUGACCUGCUCGUGAAGCGCGUACCCGGAUAUUUAAAACUAAAUGAAAAACCUCAAAUCUAAGGAAAAUAACCACAAACUAUAUCACAUGACUUCUCAAAGCGUGCUGGGAGCCUGUCAGGUAAGCGUCCGUGCUUCCACAACAUCACGUGAUUUCCCAUCACCAACUUCCCGCGGUGCUGCAUUCAUGACCGCCGGUCUAAUUAUUUUGUCUGUCCGGCUGUAUUUAAUGCUGUGUGUCAAACGAAGUUUACACUUUAUAACUUGUCGGACUGGUCAACAACAAACUCAAAGCGACCGAGUGGAAAAUGUUUCUAAGUGUUGUUGGUGUGUAAAGUCGCUUUGAUCAAAGGAACGACACAGGAACAGGAGAGAGUUCGGGAUUACCGGAGGUUCAUGAAGGCAGCGGGGCGGCAGCAGCGGGUUUCGGUCCUGUGACAGCGCUAACGGACGCAUAUCGGGACGCUCACCGGGACAGGUAACGCGCACGGACUCAUUGAUCGGUUACUACCAGCCUGGAGCUUUGAUCUUUUACCAGCUAACACAGAGGGUGCUAGCCCGUUAGCCUGUUAGCCCGUUAGCCUGAGAUGAGGAGGAAUUUCCGGCGAGUGGGCGGUUUGAGAAAAACACGAAAACUUGAAUCUGCGGACCAGUGACGCUUCAUGGGGGCUUUAUCUCUCCGUAACAGAAAGUGAAAGCAGCUGCUGUCUGUCCGUUGAGGAGCUGAUGGAAGCUCGGCAGAUGUGCUCCAGCUGUCAUGACCGCUCUCAUCUGGAUGCUCUCAUGGCUACCUCUGACCCUGCCAGCUGUAGGUACCCUCCCAAAGCCCGUCAACAUCUCCCUGACAUCACUCAACUUCAGUUAUAUACUGAAAUGGGAGGCGGGACCAGGCACACCUCCAGGGGUCUACUAUAACGUCGAAUACACAACUGAGAGAAAACAUGGCUGGGACCCGGUGGCCGGCUGUGAGCGCGUGCAGAAGCCUCUGGUUUGUGACUUGACGGCGGCGUUCUCCGUCCUAACGGAGACGUACCUUACAAGGGUUGGAGCUCAGCUGGGAGGCCAGGUCUUUGGAGACCCGAACGAGACCGAGGUCAGAUUCACACCCAUCGAACACCUGAGCCUGCCGCUGCUUAGCGUGGCGCCCAGCGACAGAAGCCUGAGCGUGGAUCUUCACCCUCCGCUGGAGCGCCUCAGGCAGAGCUACGACAUUCUCCAUUACGAGCUCCAGAUCAGCAGCAGCAACCUGGAUAAGAUGGAGGUCAUCAAGACUCGGUCUCUGAGGAGCUAUAAGUGGGAUCGUUUGGAGCCCGGCAGGCGGUACUGUGUCGCCGUGCGAUUCUACGACAAUAUCGAGGACAUGCCCUCCAACUUCAGCCCGCCUGAGUGUGCUACAAUACCAGCCAUCUUCUCUCCAGACCCGCUGAUCUCGGGCAUGUUGUGCUCGUUGGUGAUCGUCACCAUGUUCUUCAUCUUCAUGCUGAUCGUGACCGGGUCCAUCUGUCUGAGACGGACGCUGCUGCCGUCGGUUCUGACGACCAUCCAUCACCUGGAGGAGGCGGGGCUCAACGAUCCCUACGUCAUCUCCCCACUGAACGUUGAGCAGACGGCGCCCUCUGCAGGCAAGAAGGGAAGCAGCUGCUCCUCCUCAGACGAGAGCGAUGAGGAGAGUGAGACGGAGAGCACGAGCACCAGCACAGGAGGGGCGUACACACAGCGGGCAGGCGCAAACCUCCUCUCCUCUUCAUCCUCUUCAUCAUCAUCUCUGACUCAGCCCAAACCACCACCUGUUGUCUCCUCCAAUCAGGAGCCGUACUCUCAGCGCAACGCCCUGAUUUCAACAGGAAGUCCUUCCAGAGCUGGGCUGGAGCUGAGGGUGGGCUGUGGAGGAAGACCUAAGGAGGAAGAGGAGAAGGAUGUGAACCUCCUCACAUUAACUUUCAGCAGGGUGGAACAGGAGGAAGAGGAGAAGGAUGUGAACCUCCUCACAUUAACUUUCGGCAGGGUGGAACAGGAGGAAGAGGAGGAGAAAAAAUCAGACUUCAUUGUGGAGGAGGUGGCGUUUGACUCAGUGCUCGCCAAGGAGGGCGCCACAGAAACUGUUCAUGAUGAAGAGGAGGAGGUCUGUGGAUACAUGGGGCGCUCGGGUAUCUGACAGAGCUCUUUAAGGUGCCUGGUUAUCAGGUCCACGUCUGGGUUCAUGUGGGCCAGGGUUUGAAAUGUUUUCAUUUUCCCUCCACCAGCAGUGGAGCAGACGUCGGCCAUUUUUAUUCUAACGUGUAGGUUCUCACCUCUUUGCUGAUAUUACUUAUUUGAAUCUGUCCGUCAGACGGGUGAGGUCCAGAGAUCGUCUCAUUGUUUCAGGUUCUAUUAAUAAGUGUGAGUUUCCCACUGAUGCAGGAGGUCCAGGACGUCCGUCCCUGCUGCGUCUCUGGAGAUGGCGACUCAGCCGCCUCUAAAAGGCUAACGUGAGGUUAGCGUCCGGUCUCCGCGGUGAGCAGCUAGAGGACGUCCCGUGUUAGGGAGGCGAUCUAUCUAAAUCUCAUGUUCCUGUUAGACUUUAGGUGGACUUUGAAACAUGUGAGCGCAGCACUGUAUUAAAUGUUGAGGCCAGUUCUGAGCAGGUUUAUUUUUAUCUCUUAUUUUAAAUAAAAACCAGUUUGUUUGUUUUGUCAGUGACGGACACACAGCUGUGUUUGUUGGGCAUUCCCAAACUCCGUCACGUAAUCAUCCCAGUGCCCGAAUCAAACUCUGACCCACACCGAGUCUGAACAAAAUGUUUCAUAUUCAGCCGUGCUUUGGAUUAUUACUCAUGUUUGCAUCAUGUGAUUAAAGCAGAGUAAGAAGGCAGUUAAAGAACCACUUUGUUCACCUG